AGGAAGCGACCAACCAUGUCGAAAGCUCCCGUCAUCCUGUUGGCGUCCCUGAUUGGCUGCCUGUCCGUGGUGCAUGCCGGGUACGUGCCGGAUGCCUGUAUAAACUGUAUCUGCUACGUGGAGUCGGGCUGCCGCAUGCCGGACCCGAUCUGUCACAUGGACACCAAAUCUCUGCUAUGUGGGCCCUUCCGUCUGAGACACUCUCAUUGGCUGGACUCACUUCAAAAGGGAGGCCCACUCAUGAACGACUACCAGAGAUGCGCGGCAUCCUGGGCGUGCAGUAGACAGGCCCUGGAUGCCUACCUGCAGCUGUACGCCGUGUCGUCCAGGCUGGGUCACAGCCCUACGUGUCAGGACUUCGCACGCAUCCACCAUGAGGGGCCCAACGGCUUCAAGAGCGCGGCAACUAUCGAAUAUUGGGAAAAGGUGAAGAAGUGUCUGGAAAGAGGCCCCACACUGUAA